UUGCAAAAUAUUCAUGUAUGUUUCCUUGUUUUUGGAAAAAUUACAAUAUCGAAGAAGCCAUAUAAUUGUUUUAAUUUUCUGAAUAAACUUAUGGCUGUGAGAGUUGGUGGAGCUAGUUUGUGGGAGCUGACUAUAUAUUUUAGUUUACACCCCCUACAUAUCAAAGUGGUGCAGUCCGAAUAAAACAGGUCAACGUUGAUCUCCGUUAAAAACAAAAACAAGCCGUGUUGAGUGCGGAAAGCCGGCUUUACGAGCGAUUUACCGUGCUUCUGAGUGUCAGAGGAUACGAGAACAGAGGGAUAGAAGCCCGGACCGGUGAUUUGGAGUGUCCGAGCCAUACGGGCCCCAUUUAGGAUAGUGGUGGCGGGGGCCGGACCGGCCCGAGCCGAGGAGCUGCUACUGCUGUUGUCUGAGGAAGAGGAGGCCGCGGUCCCGGGGCUCCCCCACCCCGUAACACCGGGCCCCGCCACCUCCUCAUAUCCUGGGGAUAUGGAUCAGUGCGUGACAGUAGAGAGGGAGCUCGAGAAAGUGCUGCAGAAAUUCGGGGGAUACGGACAGCAUUGCGAGAGGAGCUUGGAGGAGCUGAUCGAGUACACGGGGGGACUGAGGAGAGAGAUUCUGCAUGCUGCAGAUCAAGAUGGCGAGUUGUCAGGAACUCUAUCCCUUGUUCUGACUCAGUGCUGUAAGCGAAUAAAAGACACUGUUCAAAAGCUGGCCUCUGAUCAUAAAGACAUCCACAGUAGUGUGUCCAGAGUGGGGAAAGCCAUUGAUAAGAAUUUUGAUGCAGACAUAAGCAGUGUGGGGAUUGAUGGCUGCUGGCAAGCAGACAGCCAGAGGAUCCUCAGUGAGGUGAUGGUGGAGCACUUCUUCAGGCAGGGGAUGCUGGACGUGGCUGAGGAACUCUGUCAGGAAGCUGGACUUUCUAUAGACGCAAGCCAAAAGGAACCAUUUGUGGAGUUAAACCGAAUACUAGAAGCACUAAAAGUUCGAGUACUUCGGCCUGCGUUAGAGUGGGCUGUAUCGAACAGGGAAAUGCUCAUGGCGCAAAACAGUUCCUUGGAAUUUAAACUACACAGAUUAUAUUUUAUUAGUUUAUUGAUGGGUGGGACAGCGAACCAGAGGGAGGCGCUGCAGUAUGCCAAAAACUUUCAGCCCUUCGCUUUAAAUCAUCAAAAAGAUUAAAAUGCCCAUACUGCCCUAUGGAGCAGAGUCCAGGGGAUGCCAAACAGAUAUUCUUCUGAAGAAGUGGAUUCCUUUGUUUGGUGGCCUUUUGGAGUUUAAGAUGUAUUUGAAGAAAGCUGAGGAGAGUUUGUUUUCCUUUUUCUGCUGUAAGCAGAGAAGAUCAAGAUUAGGUUAAGCCAGUUCUACAGAGAUGUUGCCAAAUUUGUAAGCAUGGCAAUUCAAAGUUAAAUUAAUAGCAUUGAUGUUUUGCUGAAGAGAUGUAUUACUGGAACCUUUCUGCAAUCUUGGUCUUUAUAUGUGUGACCAAGCUGGCAGCACCAGUGGUGGUCAUAUAAUGCAAGUUUUUUUUGUAUUUGCAAAGCAAAACAUAACUUUUUAACAAUUAAUUACAAAAAGAAAUCACCCUUGUGUACUUACUAUUCUGCCCAUACCUUGUCAUCUUAUUGAUAAUUGUCAAUAUAGAGAGAUGUUGUGAGUUCUAUUACCUUGUAUGGUGUAUAUAACUAAAGUAAACAUUUACUACAGAGAAGUAUGAUAAAUACAAUAGUGGAUAUAGAGGUUACUUGUAUUUUUUUUUCCUCCUUUUUUUUUUUUUCUUUGCUAAAAGAAAUGGCUGUUUUAUUCAGAGUUUUCUUUCACAGAAAAUUUUUCCUGCUGUACAACUUAACACAAAAGUAAUGUAAAUAAACCCACUGUCUCUAAUUUAAAGAAGAGUGAAGAGCUAUUUGCUGCUAGAAUGAAAAAUUAUAUUGUGCUUUAAUGAUCACCAAAUGUUUGUGUGAAUGAAUAUUCAAUAAAAUAAAAUUCUUAUCUAGGAA